CUCACGCACGAUAAAAAAAACGACGAGACAGUUACUUUUUUUGGAAACAACGGAAAAUACUGUAAGAAGUGUUUUGUAUCAAAUAUCGCCUAUCCCAGGGAAGGUAUAAUUUGAAUUACUCGAUACGAGGCAACCACAACAUACAAUUUUCACUCCUUCCGCGAAACUUUCUCUACGCUCACGCAGUAUAUUCUCUUCAAGGAGAUGGCAUCUAUCAAUAGGGACAGCAACUCCAGAGUGCUAUCGAUCGUAUGGAUAGCGAGGCGGUGCGCGCUCCUUUGGGUGCUGUUAGACAUCGCCACCACUUUCAAUGGUUCAUGGGUGAGCAGAUCAACCUAUGGCUCUCCAAGUUUUAUUUUUGUGGCCGCUGAUGGUGCUACAUGCAAAGACAAAGCUAUCACCAUAAGAACGAACAAAAUUAAAGAAAUAUCGUUCUGCAAGUGGGUCGGAAAACAAAAGGAAACGAGGUGUAGGAAAAAAAAGCACAGGGUUAAGAGGAAGUUCGUCAUCAAAAAAAAUGGUGAAAAGAAAGUCAAGUGGAGGAGGAAACGCUUAAGCGCCCUCAAGUAUUGUGAGUGCGCGUGCAAGGACUACAUCACUACGGGAACGGGGGACGAAGACGAAGGGGAGGACGGCUGCCCCAACUACGACUUUGUGAAGGACGUGGCCACUCCCCCCCUGUGCCCGCCAGAGAAGGACCUGAAAGUAUGCGACUACCGGUUUAAGUACAUCGGGUGCACCUUUGAAGUAAUCCAGUGCGUGGCUACCUACAGCUGUCAGUGCUUUGGUGGAAAGUGGCAUUGUGGUUUGCUACACUACGAGGGACAGGACUGCGAGGAGGAUGACCCUCGCGACCCAAGAAGAACGAGUGGCAUGCCAGGAACGAGACGGAUGAGGUGGCUCAACGAUGACGGGGUGCCAACGGGGGAUACAUGUGACCCAGACGACCCGCUCCCGAAGCCCCCACAAGAAGACAGCAGCGCCCUGGAAGACGAGGAAGAAGACAUAGUUAUACCAAUGUAAUAGUCGCAUUCGCUCUGUUGAAUACGGACUGCAGCUCUCUCCUGCAUGGUCGCUUUCCCAGCUCCCGAAUUCUAUGCACAGGAUGUCAUUUUACCAUGAACCUGUGCUGUUACAGACAAGGUUGUGGACUCCAGUCGUAGCCUCGUUGACUACUAAGCAGGCGACUGGAGAUGGGAGGUUCACUGAGGACCAACGACCGUAAUAGCAAGCGCCAACAGUAUACCGCACACAGAAGAAAUCUCCGGUGCAAGCACAAAGCAUCACACGUUCACACUUUUUGCGCGUGUAUCGGCACAUCAUUAAAGAUCAUCGUUUGACAAUCAAAUGCUGGGAGCAAGAGUUGACAGUACAAAGAUUUCGCUCUGUCGAAGGGGGGGAUAUAAAUUUGAAUCACGAAAAGCUUGGGAUACUUGACACCUACUGCACUCUAAAUACAGUUUUCGCAGUUGUUGUAAAUUAGUACUACUAGUAUUCAACUAAUUAUGCAAAAUUUUCAUGAAUUGCUGAAGUAAAAAGAAUGGUUGGGCAUUCGAACUCUGAGUUCGCCCUAGAAGCAAAGUCCAGAGGCAGCGGCUAGAAUUGCGUGCAUGCGUCGCAUAAUAAUGGACCGAGGAUUUGCACGGCGUGGGAUAGCAGAUGCCGUCGCAUCUGUUCUUGCGGGAAAACCAACAAUAGAAAAGGUCAACUACAACCGUCUGAAUCAAGACAAAUCGCAUCCACGGCGCCGCUAUGAUAUGUCAAACAGAACGACCUUCCAAACUAUCUUUUUCAUUGUCAUUCUUUCACAAAGUCGACAGGCCGUUUGCGCUGCUCUAACAAGCCCCCCAACGCAAGAAAGCACGAACGCAUCA